ACUACUAAUCAGCCUUUAAAGAAAGGUAAGUUGUAGGCUGAUACCAUCGUCACUGCCUACACUUGCCUUGGAUCCGCUGCUGCUCACUCAAGGGGAUCCUGCUGUCCUGGUUCAGGCUUUUCUCUCCAUUUGGUUUCUGGUCGCGUCCUGCGCGCCGGAGGACGCACAAACGAUCAGCUGAGCGGCGUCUCCCUCCCAGAGGAAGAUAGAGACCGAGCUGUGUUCAGUCGCUCUCUCUCUCUCUCUGUUCGGAGACUUCAGCUGAGUUUAGCUCCGUUUUUAAUUUUUUAUCUUCUUACAUGUGUUAUUUGAAAAUAGUAAGAAUCCAAGCUGCUUCCGUGGAGGAGAUGUUGGAGAUGGUCGCGUCGCCAAAAUGAACACAGACUGCACCAAGCCUUCUGUUGCUCCAAAGCCAAGAUUUGUUUGUCACGCCAGUCUGAAGCUGCCCUCCCCUCUCAUGUCUGCAGCCAGGGGUCCCAAACCUUCAAUAGCCCCGAAACCUCAAGUCAAACCGGAGCUUAAUGGAAACCAGGGAGGAUGCGUUAAUGGCGGCUUGGUGCCUUCAGAUGGAGAGGUUGACGAAGAGCACGAGGUGGAGAACGGCCUCAACAGAGCGGUAGCUGUAAGGCUGCCUGUAGAGAAACAAUUUAAUGCCUACAUCCUCAAAUCUCUACAGAAAAAUGUCCAGAAUGUGGAGGACGGAGGGGAAGAACGGGAAGAGGAAGAAGACGUGAUUCAGAAGAUGGACGAGGACUGGAGGUUAACUGACAGCGCUCGGACAGAGGAGGUGGACUCCGUGGAGACGCUGUGGGUCAGUGACGGGGGACUCACGGCGGACUCGGAGGAGGUGGUGGAGAUGGUGGACACGGACAUGACGGAGGAGAUGGAGGCCGACGGUUGUGACGCUGGCGAGGCACUGGCUGACACGGACGGCCUCUCGAUGGGAGACAUUUCUGUUAAUAGCAUCGAUGAGGACGCGGGCUGCUGCUCUGCUGAAGGGAAGAAGGAGCAGGAAAAACUCCAAAUGAAGGAGGACGAAACAGGAGAUGAUUUAACUGAGUCUCUCACAGACGAAACCAGUUUACUCAUCAGCGACACCAAUACAGUCUCUCAGAAAGAUGGAGGGGAGACAGCUGAAGAAUCUGCUCCUGAUUGUGGCGUCACGUGUAACAUCCUGAAGUUUAGGUGUGGCCACAAAGAGCAGGAAAAGGAAGAAAACCUACAGGACGACUUCGACCAGAAACAGGUCUAUGAUACAAGUAAGAGACACGUGGCCACAGUGGAUGGUCCAACUCAUGAGCCUUAUUACGUCUCUUCGGAGGACAUUAUUAACAGAGAGAUGAUGCCAAGAAGUCCAGUCAGAGCACAGAAACUUUUGUCUGUAAACAGCAGUGGACUAUCAGUCAGGAAAUAUGCGGAAACCACAGAAAAUGGACAAUCCUCUGAGGAUUACGUGGAGGUUGUUAACAAUGGGAACAGCUGCCACGCUAUUGAUGAAAACAAGGUAAGAUCGUAUCAGAAAUGGACGAAUGUCAAAGCUCAGGCAGCGGAGGCCUUUCUGAAUCAUCUGGACUGCCAGCCGAGGUUCAGGCUGGUGUCCAUCUCAGUGCCAGCGGACGCGGACACGUCGCUGACGUCUUCUUUCUCAGACAGCCAGCUGCUCUCCCCGAAUGACUCCGAUGUCUCCAGAGACGACCUGGAAGACCUGGACGGCCACAUAGUGCCGUUUCUGGACGACAGCACAGACACAGAGCAGGACAUCAGUGAUGAGCACGUGUAUGAGGAGCCAGGCCACAGUUCAGAGGGCGAGAAUGUUUUUCCUUUUGACAAGAGGUCAGCCGAGAAGCGGUCACGCUCCCUGUCACAGCACAAUAAUAAUAAUGUGGCUGAGCUGGGAGUGCAGUUUGUUCAGAGGCCUUACGUGAGUGGAUUUGGGCAACCUGCAAUGAGCAGCAGCCCCAUGUUAAGCUCGAUGCUGAACAAGAGCUAUGCCAAGCCCCAUUAUUUGUCCCUGUACCCCCGCUCCCUCUCCAUGGAAGGACAGGACUCGUCUGUGGGUGCAUACAGCUACCGGGAAGGAUCGCCAAGACUGGGAGGUGCCAUUUGUUCAUCUGGAAGCUUCUCCCGCUGCUCACCUCUGUCGUCCAGUGGCCUGUCCACUCCAACAUCUGUAGUGGAUAUCCCUCCUCCAUUUGAUCUGGCCUACAUCACCAAGAGGCCCAUCACAAAGAGUUCCCCCUCGCUUUUCAUCGAAGGAGACUCAUCUGAGAAAAACAGGAAGAAGAAAUCCUCCAUUAAGCGCUUCCUCAUGCUUAAAUUUAGACGGAAAACGGACAGCAAGCCUGUGGUGGAUGUCAACCCGUCCUCCUUUAAGGCCUCAGCAGAGCCCAGCCAUCACAUACCCAGCAGACUGCUGAGUCCGGACAGACACAGCAUGAGUAGCUCUCCGCGACUCAACUCGCGCUCUGUCAGUACACCUCAUGUCUCACCUGAGCCGGCUUCCAAAUUCUUGCUCAGCAAAACGAAGGGGAGCUCUGUGGCCUUUCUCAAUCGUAGCGUCAUCCGGGUGGAGUCCUUCGAGGAUCGCUCUCGCGUGCCUUUCACACCUCUUCCCCUGACCAAGCCUCGCUCCAUCUCCUUCCCCAACACGGAUACCUCGGACUACGAGAACGUUCCUGCCAUCAGCUCAGAUUACGAGAAUGUUCAGGUCCCGCAGCGGAGGCCUGUUCGACAGCCGCCGUUUGCAGACUUCUUUGGGCGUCCCUGUCGGGUGCUGUCCUCUGCCAAUGAGACUGACGGUUAUGUGGACAUGAGCAGCCUCCCUGGGUUCAAGAGUAAAACUCAGUCACCCGAAGAGGAAACAGAAAGUGCCUACACAGAAGCCUACAACGUGUGUUCAGUGGCAGUCGCUCCACAGGCUGUUGCAGUGGGUGAUGUUGGGGGAGAGACGACAGGUGAGGAAGACCAAGGACGUACUUCAGAGGAGGAGGAAGGAGGCGGAGACAGCAACUAUGACAGACAGCCUGACGGACGAUCCAGGGCCUUUUACAUCGCCAAAGAGCUGGUGGAUACGGAGAGAUUACAUGUGAAAGCCCUCAAGCUCCUGCAGGAGGACUUUCGGGAAGCAGUGGGAGCAGCAGUUGGAGACGAGGGGGAGGCUGUGUUGGAUGACGAGAGGCUUCGAGAGAUUCUCAACGAGCUGCCGGAUGUUUACACGCUGCAUCGCAGGAUCCUCAACGAGCUGGAGAAUCGAAUCCGACACUGGGAGGAAAGCCAGAGGAUUGCAGACAUCUUCCUAUCCCGAAAAGCAGAGUUCUUGGUUUUCACCACCUACAUCGGCCACUACGACCGAAGCAUGAACCUGCUGGAGGACAGCUGCCGAACUUCACCUGCCUUUGCAGCCAUUGUUCACCAGUUUGAGCAGCAGAGCCCGGCCGGGGAGAACGUGUCCCUGAAACAUCAGCUCCUGCAGGUCAUUGUUCGUGUGGCUCAGUAUCGCAUGCUGCUCACCGAUUAUCUGAACAACCUCUCCCCUGAUUCCAAGGAAUAUGAAGACACCCAAGCUGCUGUGGCGGUAGUGUCUGACAUCGCAGAUCAAGCAAACGACAGCUUGAAGCAUGGGGAGAACUUGCUGCGUCUGGUCAACAUAGAGUACAGUGUUCGUGGCCAGCGGGACCUGCUGCAGCCGGGCAGGGUCUUUGUGAAGGAGGGCACCCUGAUGAAGGUCAGCAGGAAGAAUCGACAGCCCCGCCAUCUGUUUCUGAUGAAUGAUGUGCUGCUGUACACCUACCCUCAGCAGGACGGGAAAUACAGGCUGAAGAAUACUCUGCCACUCGCUGGGCUGAGGGUCAGUAAACCCAUCAUAGAAAAUGUCCAAAAUGCACUGAGGAUUGAAGGAAUGGACAUAUCCAUCACUUUGUCUGCAAGUUCCUUCAUUGAGAGAGAGGACUGGUUUUACACUCUGAACCACGCUGUGACCGAACACACUCGGGGAUCUGAAGCAUUCAACAACUGCUCGGGAGAAGGCAGGGAUCGUCUGCGGCUGUCUCUGGGAGAGAAAGCUCCAACGCUUGUUCCAGUCUCACAAGUGAUGAUGUGCAUGAACUGCACCUCAGACUUCAGCCUCACUCUUCGGAGACACCACUGCCACGGCUGCGGAAGAAUUGUGUGUCGGAGCUGCUCCAGGAACAGAUACCCACUGAAAUACAUGAAAGACCGCAUGGCCAAAGUGUGUGAUCACUGUUACAACGAGCUGAAGAAGAGAGGUGGAGACGUGUCUGCAGGUAAGAACAGCCCUCGUCCAAACCGCUCCAGUCGUCCUCUCUCUUCUGUGUUCCAAAACAUCCAUCCUCCCAACAUCUGGAGACAUCGGAAAGGCACCGUCUCCUUCAACCAGGCGACCGUGUCUGAGGAGGGCUCCAUUAGUGGCAGUCUGCAGCGCAGCAAGAAGAGCAAGAGGAGCUGGAAGAGACUGUGGUUCCUCCUAAAAGACAAGGUGCUUUACACCUACCGAGCUCAAGAGGAGAAAGUAGCAUCGGAGAGUUUACCUCUGCUGGGCUUCACAGUGAGGCUACCGGACAAGCAGGAGGGAGAGGAGGAGGAGGCCAACAUCUUCCAGCUCUACCACAAAAACACUUUGUACUACACCUUUAAGGCUGUGGACAACCACACAGCCCAGAGGUGGGUUAAUGCCAUGGAGGAAGCCACAGUUUUAUAGGACCGGCCCUGGACUGCCAUGUCCUCUUCUCCAAAUCAGACUGAGACAACAUAAAGGGAACGAAGGGAAUAAAACACAAUAUUUUAUUAUGUUUGCAAGUUUCAACUUGCCUGGCUGGACUGAAUAAAAGAAGACAUGGUGUUCUUUGAGAGGGGACACAAUUACCUACUUUGUCAACCUCCAGCGUCCCCUGCCUGCUGCUACCGCAGGUGUGAUGCUGAGAGCAGCGAGAGGCGUUGGCCCAGAUACCUGCCUGUGUGGAACAUUACAUUGAUGUGUCCUGUAUUUCCCUCAGCAGCUGGUCAGCCGCAUUCCUCCAAAUCAUUGGGAGAAUCGUAGAUCGUAGAGAAGAAAGAUAUUCUAGGAUUUUAUCAAUGCAUCUAUUAUUUCAGAACGAGAGCAAAUCAUUUGAAUAACUGAACAUACACUUUAACCACAGUCAUUUUACUGUCUUUCCAUAGAGUCUGAAAAAAGAGCAACACAUUACAACCUCAUUCAAAAAUGCAAAUGUGGAAUGGCCUACGGCGAAAAAAUGAUAUGGUUCUGCUUUCAUUUUAACAUGCGUUCUUCAACUGGAUUCAAAGCACCUCUAUGACUAGUACCUUGAAGCACAGGCUGUAUCACAGAAUGAGUAAUUUUAUUUGUAAGGAUGUGUCUGUAGCUUUGCCAUGUACUGUAUUGUUGGAGAUGGUCCUGCCAGUGGAUAAAUAUGCUUUUUUGCACUGAUAUAAAAAGGAAUGAAACUUAAAAAGAAAUAUGAGUGUACCUUCAUCAUAGAAGGCCAGCUGAACUUCACUUAAUGGACGUGCUUUCAGAGAAAAAUCGUGCAAAUUUCAUCCAAACAGGUAUAAUGUAAUUCUUAUCUGUAUAAAAAAAAUCUCCAGAUCCAGAUGUGCACAGUGUGUUUUGCCCUGAAUCAACGAUAUCACUGAUCUUCAUCAGUGCCAUGGACUUUGUACUGUACUUGACGAUUAUUUAGUUUAAAUUUCUAACACUUAUUUUAAAAUCAAGUAAAAGAGGCUAUAAUGA